ACUCUGGAAGCUGUUCGCCUCGCUUCCGACAGUCUCGUGAUAUGAAGACAAAGUCCACGCAGUCUCGAAGUGCUGGUCAGCGUGCUGCUGUACACACGGCCACAGUCCUUCCAGCAGACACACACACAGACCCCGGUCCAGCAUGCGUUACUGUAGCACACGUGGAGGGGUGCUGCGCUGGGACUUCCAGGCGGUGCUGUUCUCUGGCUUCGCUCCGGAUGGAGGACUCUUCAUGCCUGAGGAGAUCCCGGCGCUGGACACUGCCACCCUGCGGAGCUGGAGCCGGCUGUCCUACACUGAGCUGGUGCAGGAGGUCUGCUCUCUCUUCAUCCCCCAGCACCUCAUCCCCAGAGCGGACCUGGCCGCUCUCCUCAGCACAGCGUUCAGCCGGUUCCCGCUGGCAGAGGUGGUGCGUGUGGCCAGGCUGAAGGACGGACUUCGUGUGGUGGAGUUGUGGCACGGGGCUACGCUGGCCUUCAAGGACCUGGCCAUGUCCUGCGUGGGGCAGUUCCUGCGCUACUUCCUGAGCAAGCUCAACAGACACGCCACCAUCGUGGUCGGGACCUCCGGAGACACGGGGAGCUCAGCUAUCGAGAGCGUGCGCGGGAUGGAGGGGGUCGACAUCAUCGUGACCUUCCCAAAGGGGCGCUGCACCCCUGUGCAGGAGCUGCAGAUGACCACCGUCAAGGAGGACAACGUGCACGUGUUUGCAGCUGAUGGCACCUCUGAUGACAUCGACGUGCCGAUCCGGAAGCUGUUCUCCGACGCUGGGUUUGUGGAGCAGCACGGGCUGAUGAGUCUGAACUCUGUGAACUGGGCUCGGAUCAUGGUGCAGGUGGCACACUUCUUCUACGCCUACUUUCAGUGCGCACCCUCACUGGAGAACUCACCGCUGCCUGAAGUGGAGAUAGUGGUGCCCACUGGGGGAGCUGGGAACAUCACAGCUGGGUGUGUGGCAGUGAAGAUGGGCCUGCCUGUGCGCCUCGUUGCCGUGGUGAAUGAGAAUGAUAUCAUCCACAGGGCCGUUCAGCUUGGGGAUUUCUCCCUAUCCGAGUCUGUGAAGCACACGCUGGCUCCAGCCAUCGAUAUCCAGGACCCCUACAAUAUGGAGCGGGUGUUCUGGCUGUUGUCUGGAAUGGAUAGCAGCUUGAUGAAAGGGCUGAUGGAGGAGUUCUACUCCACAGGGAAGCUGAGAUUACCACCAGGUUUGCACAAGACGGUCUCAGAGGUGGUGUCCUCCCGGUCAGUGACGGACAGAGACAUCGUGGAGACCAUGAGGAGAUGCUGGGAGGAGAACCACUACCUGCUGUGCCCCCACUCUGCGGUCGCAGUGCAGCAUCAUUACCAGCAGCAGCAGCAGCUCAAACACGCCAGUCUUCCCAGGUGUUGCCUAGCAACUGCCUCUGCGGCGAAGUUCCAGGAUGCAGUGCUGAAGGCGGGACUAACCCCCGAGAUCCCUGCGGAAAUCCGAGCCCUGGAAACCAUGGUGACACACUCCACCCCGAUGAGGAGAGGGGAAUGCUGGGAAGGAAUCCUGAGAGAGAAGAUUGAGCUCAUCUCCAGCACCAGGAAAGGAGGGAACUCCGUGUAGCUCACCUUACACAUACUGGACAAUUUCAGUAUUUUACUGUGGAAUAAUCCAGUUCUGAAAACAUUUAAAAAUGUUUUUCAGAAAUGUAAAUGUGACCCUUGCUGCUUAGAAAAUCUGGCAAAAAAAUAAAUAAAUAAAUAAAUAAAAAUAAUAAUAACAUUG